CGGAGAAAGGGCCAGUCAAAAUUUUCUGGGGAAGGGGGGGGUUCCCCCCCCACCCCCCCCCCCCCGGUCGCGCCGUCCCUGAACAUUCAUGAAAUUAACUAGUAUUUUUGAGUUUGAAACAUCGACAUGAAGAUUGUAUGUACAAGUCUUCGUAAUUCAAGUCAGUAGGGUUAGAUGUAACAGUGUUUCAAGUUCUCUCAUUGUAGAAAAUCGUGAAUUUCUUUCAAUGGUUCGAAACUUAAAGAAUUCUAGAAAAUCAAUUGGAAUUGAAGACAGUGUACACUUAACAUUCGCCUACGUUGUGAUAUGAGAUGUUAAUCCAGGGUCAUUUCAUCACUGGUAGUAUUGAAUUUUGAACACAAUGCUAUAUAAUUAUGUAUCGAACAACGUAGUCAUUCAGUUAUAGUGGCUUCGAAUUGAACUUGCAGAGAUCAAUUUUUGUAAUUUUUUCAGCGGGGUUGUGUGUCAGAGUUUUUCGAGCUACCCUCACUGUACAAUGCUUUGAAUCCUUCGAACUUCAACUCAAUUGCUGUUGAAUUUCCAAUUUCUAGAUGGUGAAUACUGGUGAUUCGUAUAUCUUAUAGCAACUAUACUCAACAUCUAGAAAUUGUGCACUCAACGCAUUCUACAGUAAGGAUAGCUCGAAAUACUGUGACAUACAACGUCACUGAAGGUUUUACAAGAAUUGGCAUGUACAAACCUAAGUCAGGACCUCUGAUUCAAAAGAAAUUUAAGGCGCACAACAGUGUAAACAUUUUAUGAAAAAAUAAAAGUAAUAUUUUUUGUGAUUAGAAUAAUAUCUAAUAUACUUUUACCAACAACCGGUUUUUUUUGGCUAAAAAAAAAUUGAUUCUAGCUCUUCAAAGGUUUGGAAAAAUCUUAAGUCGAUAAAAAAAGAACAAUACAAUGAUGUGUUAGUUCAGUGUUCUCGUAUAGAGCUACUUGAUUCUCAUACAGAAAGUGGUGAGUAUAUAUAUAUAUACUUAUAUUCAUCACUUUCUCUAUGAGGAUCAAGUAGUUAUACGGAAGAACAUUGAACGAACGUAUCAUUGUAUUAUUUAUUGAAUAACUGAAGUAACUUUGAUUCAAAUUAUUACUUGUGCCGAAAAGACAAUGGCCAACAUCUUGAAUGAGACUUUUGAAAAUUUUAGAAAGGCUUAUCCUGACGAUUUGUUUGUGGUUCACAGGUGGACCGCACCAGGUGGAGCUUGGAAGGGAUAUGAAACAAAGUUAUCAGAGGUACAAUGUGAUGAUGAAGAUUGGUUGCGAGUUAUAAAAUUACAGAAAUCCAAAGGAUUAUUUAUGAAAGAAGAUGAAAUCAGAUCCAAAGCAUUUUCCUUUAUUUAUAAUACAAAAGGUGAAAGCAAUUGCGAAAAACGACGUGAUAGUCUUUUCACCAGCUUGAACAAUAUAUUUCCAAAUUAUAACGUGAGUGUGUUUAUUUUCGAAGAUUAUUGGGCAAAACGCUGUUGGUGUAAAGGUUGGUGUGAAUUUAGGAAUGAAUAUGGAUCGGAUGUCAGUAUUAUUUUUAGUUAA